UUUCUCCGAAAAAAAUCUAUUCUGAGCUACUGGCCUGGAAAGACAAUAAAAUGAGAUGAUGAAGCCGAUAAUAUUAAUGCAAGAAUAUGAACGAUUUAUCUUGCUGCACUGGCGUACCUGUUCGGCACUUGAGUGUUGAGCAACCUAGAUUGCAGCUCGCUAGCUAGGACACAACCGGAUUUCUUUUGGCCCUGAUCUUGAAGUUCGCAUAAAUCUAACUAUUAUGGCCCAGGAUAGGAACCUCUUGACCGUGAUACUGGUCUGCUGUUUGACUGUCGUGAGCAUCGUCGCUUUGGUUCUCGGCAUAAUCAGCUUGAAUCAAUCAGGGGGCGAGACUGGAUCUGGGCAGCCGAUAAACAUCUAUACCCAGUCUGGCCAGUCAUCAUCUAGUGGAUCGUCAUUGGCGAGCAGUAGCAGCAGUGAUGACAAGGUCUGGCUCUUUGCCAUCGGUCACUAUGAUGAUAUCUUGGAAUAUUUGGAUGAGACGACAUACACAAUCAAGGGAUUUGGCCCAGACAUGGUGGAUGCAGUGUGUUCGAUAGCGAACAAGAACUGUCAACUGGUUUAUGACGUCUACGAACAUUGUUGGGACAGCCAAGCGGGUGAGCGGCCCAGGGGUGGCCCAGGGCUCAUGGGCGGAUGGUACGAUGGGUGUACAGGUUGGGUCCAAACUUUCGAUCGCCUGCUGACGUAUUAUUUCACAGUGCCAUACAACAAAGGAGGCUCUGUCGCCCUCUACGCCAAGAAUGACAGCACAGUGACGUAUAACAAUUUGACCAAUCUGAAAGUUGGAUUUCUGGAUGGCUGGAAUGCGGACGAAUUUUGCCUCGCCCGCUACACAAACAUCGCGGGUUCUACGCUCAGUGCCAACCAGAUAUUCCACUACCAAUCAGCUGAGCUCUUGAUCAACGCAAUCCUGAAUGAACAGAUUGACGUGGCAUUCGGUGAAUUUUUGAGUCAGUUCACGAGCUCGCUGAAACUCAUUUCACCGCCAAACUUCGAUAACAACUGUCUGGCUGGCGGUGCCUCGAUCAUGACACGACACACCAACCGUGACCUGGUGAAUUGGUGGAAUGACGCCUUCCAGCGUCUCAGGGACAGAGGGCGCUAUAAUGAAAUCUGCGAGGCAAUUCCUGAGCGCCACGGUCAUAUCGCCGGUCAGGAUUACACUGAAAUCUGCCUCGGUUAUUAAUCAGCUUCACGCUGAUUGGUCUGUUCUCCAUCAUGUGACCAUCUUCCGAAGAUGACAUUCAUCAAUGUUACUAGCUUACCGAGAGAUAGAGAGUGAUUUAAGUCACGUUCCAAGUACUGAUUCUUAUUCAGAAAAAAAAAAUGUAUUUUCAAAGUGUAAUUCAUAACAAAGUAUAAAGGCUCGUUCAGUAAAUAACGCGGUAUAGCGCCACAAAAAUCCUGCUACGGUUAUCAUAUGUGUACAUGAAUGGCAACUGAUCUCUGUGUUAUAAGACACAGCAAUAAGAAACGUGUCUCACUUUACGUCAUCGUAAAAAAACCGCUAUGGUUUUGUCGUGUCAUAUCGAUCUGAACAAGGCUUUUAUACUUUGAUAUUUCGAAGUAGUUUCUGUGUGCAUUGGCUAAAUUAAGGGUUCGAUCAUAUUAUGUAUAUUUCAGGCAGCAGACAGCACCCCCUAAAAACUGUGAAUCACUUUGCUUGAGAAAGUAUAUCGGAGUGGAUGGAAUCAGCAUAUGCCACUAAAGUUUAGGUUGAUAGAAGCCUAGAGUUCAUGACUUUAUGAUUACCCCUAAGCAAUAACAGUUUUAUGUAUCAAAAUGUAAUUAUAUAGGUGUAGGAAAUAGAGAACUAUUUAGAAUGCCUGGAAAUAUAUGACUUAUAUAUGUAUACACAGACAAUCAAACUGUGAAUUCAUAAUUUGCUUACCCUCAUUAGUCAAAAAUUGUUUUCUUUGUUUUCACAGUUUCAGCCAGAUACCUGAUCAAACUGUCUUUCUGCAUUUAGUUUUUUGUUUGUUUUAUUUCUAAGUUUCAGGAGUGAUUAACUUAACGAAAUUUAUAUUUCCCUUCUUAUAGGCUUAAACCUGUGACAAUAAUUUACAUAUGUGUACAUGGUGUUGGGUAUUCACAUUUUAUUAUAUGAUUACUUUAAUCAUAAUACCAUAUUGGGUUUUAAAAGUCAUGUCUAUGUUAAUAAGUGAGUAAACGAAUAAAAGUUAUACUUUCAUUUACAUUAUAAUUUUUCUCAUUACAAUUAUCAUUUUUAUCACUAUAAUAACUUGUAUUCUUAUCGUUAUCAUCAUAAUAAUCAUUAUUAUUAUUUUAUUUGUAUAUGCAUUCUCAUUAUAAUUGUCAUCAUUGCGAUUUUCUGGUAAAGCUCGAAGUCCAUUAAUGUUUUGAUAAAAGAGAAAAUAUAACAUACUAGAUGUCAAAAAGUAAAAUAUUUCGGGAGUACGAGAGUUUUGAGUAAUUUCGAACGAUCCAGUGAUUUAUAUCACGUUUUUUAUUUCCAUACAUAUGCUUCAAAUAUGCAUGUACGAUGCAAUGUUUUACAUAUAUAUGACGCCCCGAAAAUUUAUAUGAAUAUCGAGAUAACUCAAUAAAGUACAUUCAGCAAAAGAAAAGGGUGUUCUUUUUCAUUGUAUGUUCGUUUCAUUUAAGUGUCAAUUUAACAUCUAAUACGUAUCUUUCUUUUAAUAUUUUAUAUGACGGAUCAUUGUGGUACUACACAAAUGUAAGGAAAUAAACUAUACAACUCUCGAGGAAAUUCCUUACAUUUGGUUAUAAUUAUUCUAACUUAUACAAGUAUCUCAAAGCAUUCGUUGGAUUCAGCUGAAGCAUGCUGAAUGUCACUAUACAAAACUCAUCUGCCCCCGACUAAAGAAAUAACUAAAGAGGGUUGGAAACUUGUCAAUCCGUCGGUCAAAAGACCACUUUUGU